CCCCGGGACCCAACCCCUCUCCGGUGUCUGGGCCCUGAUUCAGAGGUUAGGAAUUUGCAUCUGAUUGCUAUUUUGUCAUCCUAUGAUUUGUCUCUCCAGCGCUGAGCACGCCUUAGGCACUGAGCUACCCAGCAGGAGGAGGAGGAGGAGGUGGCAAGGAGCCCCAGCCAGCCGCUGCCGUCGCCGCCAUGGCCUCGCUUGUAAAAGGAAACUUGCAGAUGGGAGCCCGAUAAAGGAGGCUGGCUGCGCUGAAAUAAAACAAGGGAGGCGCAGCUUCCGCACGCGCGCAGGGACAAGGGCAAACGGCGACAAACACGGGAGUCACCUCAACCCGGAGGAUCAAUAAGGACUGGUCUCUUGGAAAGGUGGUUUUCUUUUCCUUUCCUGGAGCCCGGUUGGAUCACCUGCUUGGGCGGAGGGCGUGCGUAAUUUUUUUUAUUUUAGCCUGGAAGGAAAAGAGAGGGGGGGAAUGAAGCUGCUCCAGCCGCCGCCUUUGCAGGGCAGCGCUUUCCCUGACGCCUAGAUGACGCAGAAGAGGCUCCAGCCUCGAACCACCCCACUUAAACCCAACACCCCCUUCUGGAAAGUCCCCGGGAGCAUCAAAGGACCGCCCCGUCAGCGCGGUUCAGGGCAGCUGGGACGCGGAGGGACCCCACGGCGCAGGAUGGCUGCCGGCCUCUGAAGACCCGCACCCCACGAGGAACCGUUCAGCACCCCCCGUCUCGAACCCCUUCUCCCCCAGUCGCCAAGGCCCUCCGCUGGGGACCGCUGGGGCAGAAGGGCCCCCCACCGACAUCCCCCACGGCGUUGCCUCCGCCCAGACGCUGCCCCACGGCGCCCCCCCUGCAGGGCGAGGGCUCCUCGUCGCCGGCCCCCGCGAGGCCCCCCGCCGGCCGAGCCAUGAAGCUUCAGGCGGUGAUGGAGAACCUCCAGAGGCAACAGAGAGCCCGCCUACAGCAGGAGAUGGAGUCGCGCCAGCCUCCGCCGGCCAAUCAGGCGGCUGCGCUGCUGGGUUCGGCGGCGGCGGCGACAGCUCUCUCCCGCGGUCGUAGUCAGGAGCCUGCUGCCGCCGAGGAGGCAGGGGAGCCGGAGAGCGCCCGGAUCCAGCGGGCGCAGAUGGCGGCGCUGGCAGCCAUGCGGGAGGCGGCUGCCGGCCUGAGCCAGUCGUCGAGCCCUGGCCCGUCGGAGGCCAGCCGCUGCUCGGUGGAAGAGGAAGAGGAGGAGGAAGAGGAGGACGAGGAAGACGACGGAGGGGUGUUCCCGCGGGAAAUGGUCUCCGAGGACGAGGAGAUGAAAGGCAAAUGGGCCGAAGAGGAAUUCGACGAGGACCUCGGCGAGGAGGAAGAGGACGAUUACGACGAGGACGAGGAGAUGGCGGAGGAGGGGGUCGCCGCGUCCAGGGAGGCUGCCCGCUCGAGCCCGGGGCCCCCGCUCCUCCACAAGCAGCAGCCCACCCUGCCCUACAGAGGGGAGACGUCCAGGCUGGCCGGCUGCCCUGAGAGACUCUCUGCCUCGGUCCCUCACCUGUCGCAGGUGCAGCCCCAACCGCUGGACCACGGGGACUGGACUUACGAAGAGCAGUUCAAGCAGCUGUAUGAACUCGACGGAGACCCCAAAAGGAAGGAAUUUCUGGACGACCUCUUCAGCUUCAUGCAGAAGCGAGGGACGCCGGUCAACCGCAUCCCCAUCAUGGCCAAGCAGGUCCUCGAUCUGUACAUGCUCUAUGUCCUGGUGACCGAGAAGGGCGGCUUGGUGGAGGUGAUCAACAAGAAGCUUUGGCGGGAGAUCACCAAGGGCCUGAACCUCCCCACCUCCAUCACCAGCGCUGCCUUCACCUUGCGCACUCAGUACAUGAAGUACUUAUAUCCCUACGAGUGUGAGAAGAGGGGGCUGAGCAACCCUAACGAGCUGCAGGCCGCCAUCGACAGCAACCGCCGGGAGGGCCGCCGGCAAGGUUUCAGCGGCUCGAUCUUCACGUACUCGCCCAGCGGCACCCACAGCAUGCUGUCCUCCCCCAAGCUCCAAGUGCCAACAUUGGGGUUGCCGUCGACCACCAACGGCAGCUCCUUGGCCUCCGUCCCGAAAAUCAAAAAAGAGGAGGAUUCGGCCAUCCCCAUCGGCAUGCCCGGCCGCCUGCCCGUCUCGCUGGCGGGCCACCCGGCCAUCGCGGCCCAAGCUGUCCAGGCUGCGGCGGCCCAGGCUGCGGCGGUGGCCCAGGCCGCGGCGCUGGAGCACCUGCGGGAGAAGCUGGAGUCCGGGGAGCCGCCGGAGAAGAAGAUGGCUCUCGUGACGGACGAGCAGCAGCGCUUGAUGCAAAGGGCCCUCCAGCAGAACCUCCUGGCCAUGACCGCUCAGCUCCCCAUGAGUAUCCGGAUCAACAGCCAAGGGACGCGCUCACCAGAAAACCGCCAAGACUCCGCCAUGAAUUUGGCCACCAAUGGAACGAACAGCAUCAACAUGUCGGUUGAGCUCAACGGCAUCGUUUAUACAGGCGUGCUGUUUGCCCAAACUCCGGGGCCCUCGUCCUCCCUCACCAAAGGAAACUCCAACAGCGGUCGCAGCGGCAGCAGCUCGCAGGGCGGGUCGGCCGCCAGCGCCCCGCAGACUGCUUUCCCCGCCGCGCCGACGUCUACCUCAACCAAUUCCUCGUCGCCUUAAGGAAACCCACCCCACCCCCGGCUUCUCCUCUUCGUCCUGCCAAAGCGAGAAAGCCCCCCGUCACAGCGACGCACGGUCAACGAGAAAAGGUUCCGGUUUGGAGCGGUGCCGCCACCCUUUUCCGCCCGUCCGAACGGGGAUCUCCUGGGGGGAUAUUUUUUUGGAGAGAGGGGAGAGAUGGACCCGCUCGAUCUUAACACACGCGCCUUGUUUAUAUCCGGAUGUUUGGGACAAGGGGGCUCAGGAAGGGGGCCAUUCUUCUGUCCCCAACCCCAACCCUCCAAAUAAAGGAAUCUCUUUGCCAUCGCUGCAGGGAGAUAUUUGAGUACCGCCCCAACCGGGAACGGAGGGAGGUAUCCCAAAAAAAUUCAGCUUGACACCAAAAUAACCAAACCUUUUUUGGGGGGGAAGGGUGGGGGAGCCAUUAGGUCCUAAUCUCUCCCUCCUCUCUCUUCCCUCUUCCACCAAAUAUCUCCCCCAUGCCCAGCAUUAAAGAUAUCAAUAGAAGAACCAAAAAAACAAACAAACAGAGCUUUCAGCCUGGAUUUUGGAGGGCAGGGUGGGGGCGUUGAGUGUCGAUGAUUUCUGAGCCAGAUAGAAAAAAAACACUGUGUGGUUUUAGCUCUUUUUGUUUUUUUGACGUAAUGCAUUGUAGACACAGAACUCCUUACCUCAUGCGAACUCACACUUUUGCACUGUGUGUUAUUUUAUUUUUUAUUUUUUUAUUGGGCGGUGGCGGGGGAGACACCUCUCAUCAGGUGGUCUCAGGUGUGCAUUUGAACGAAAUCCUUU